CGUUCGUUCGUUCGUUCGUCGCUCGCUUACUCGCUCGUUCGUUCGUUCGUUCGUUCGUUCGUUCGCUCGCUCGCUAGCUAGCUAGCUAGCUAGCUCGUUCACUCUUCCGCCGUCGGUCUCUAUCGUUUUCUUCUGUCUCUCGUGCGCCCGCCAUUGAAGUAAUCAAGUAACUGCGAUGUGUGAUAAUACUAACACGACGACGCAGAGUAUAGCGGACUACCUGUCACAAUUACUAAAGGACAGAAAGCAGCUAGCUGCUUUCCCAAAUGUCUUCAUACACGUAGAACGACUGCUGGACGAAGAGAUAGCAAAGGUGAGGGCGAGCCUUUUCCAAAUCAGCGGCGUCAAAAAGGAGCCGCUGGUUUUGCCAGAACCCGAAGGCGAGGUCACUACGCUUAUGGAGAAGGUUUAUGUGCCGGUCAAAGAACAUCCAGACUUCAAUUUCGUUGGAAGGAUUUUGGGUCCUCGCGGAAUGACGGCGAAACAAUUGGAACAAGAAACCGGUUGCAAAAUAAUGGUGCGAGGAAAAGGUUCGAUGAGGGAUAAAAAGAAGGAGGAACAAAACCGGGGUAAACCUAAUUGGGAACAUCUAACAGACGAAUUGCAUGUUCUACUGACUGUUGAGGACACAGAAAAUCGUGCAACCUUGAAACUUGCUCGAGCCGUUGAGGAGGUCAAGAAGCUUCUCGUGCCCCAGGCUGACGGUGAAGACGAGCUAAAAAAGAGGCAACUGAUGGAACUCGCCAUUAUAAAUGGUACCUAUCGAGAUUCCAACACGAAGGUUGCCGCUGCUGCAGCCUGUGACGAGGAAUGGAGACGCGUGGCUGCGGCCGCAGCGGAAACGCAACGUCUUUUGCCUGGUUUGGCGACACCAAUGAGGACACCAAGUGCUCCAUUAGGAGCACCGUUGAUAUUAUCUCCAAGGAUAUCGGUUCCAACUACUGCAGCAUCUUUGCUUAAUGGCUCGGGUCCUCCAGGAUCUCUUCUAUCAGCUGGUGAUCCACAUGGACUGAUCUAUACACCUUAUGCGGACUACGCCAAUUAUGCUGCGUUAGCAGCCUCGCCACUUCUCACCGAGUACGCCACUGCGGACCAUUCUGGUGGGUUGUUCGCUCGCUGAUCCUCUGUCUCUCUCUCGUCUUUUCUUUUAAAACCAAAAAAAAAGAAAAACAAAAGAGAAAAUCCCGACAAGUCGACCGAAACAUCAACGACUAUCGUCUCUUCCAUCACAGACACUCGCACCUACCACCACUCCACCCUAUUCUAUCCAUCCUUUGGCCCUAGCCUAUCUCAAUUUUCCGCUCCAACAAAAUCAUACAACCGGAAAUAUUUUUUUGUUUUCUUUUUUUUGUUUUUUGCAAGCUUUUUAUUUUUUUCUUCUCAACUACUCUCGAACGUUUCCUCGUCAACCUUCCUUACGGGAUCUACGUGAUCCAGAAAGCUACGUGCCUCUCUACGCUGGUCUCGAUCCUAGAGCGAAGCUUGACGUCGAACGUUUUUCUCGAAGAAAAAUCGGAUUUUAUAAUCGUCCUUAAAAGACGAAUUGUCUCGUUAAUUUUAUUAUUAUUAUUAUUAUUAUUAUUAUUAUUAUUAUUAUUAUUAUAUAUUAUAAUAUUAUAAUAUUAUAAUUAUUAUUAUUAUUAUUAAUAUUAAUAUUAUUAUUAUUAUUAUUAUUUUUAUUUUUAUUACUAUUAUCGGUAAUGUUUAGUGUCAUCGUUUUCGGUAAGUGCAAGUUUAGGAAGAACAGCAAAGCCGAAUCAGUCAUUUACUAGUCGCCGCGUCACAGUCGGGAUAAUAAAGAUUCUUUUAGAGUAAAAGUACACACAUAUAUUGUGCCCUUUCGAGCGUAAUAAUGGCGGCUACCGGUGUACAUAGACGCGAUAGCAAAAAAUGAUGCUCCCCCAUAGUGCCUCGAAUAAAAUGAGCCUGUUAGGAAGGUAUAGGUGUGAUAGGAGGAUAGGCAUUCUUUUUCUAUUAUUAUCAUUGUUUUCUUUUUUUUUUUUUUACAUCCUUCUUUUCAUGACGUACUUGC